UGUGUGACUUCCGGGUUGUAGAAAUAUGGGCGGAUCAUAGCAGCUGUUUUCCUUAUAUAUUCCGCGUGAUUGUGUUUCCUAUGAAGAUUCGUUUUAAUCGACGAAUGUUCAUGAUGCUGUUGCUAUUUUCCGCGGUAAACGUUGUGGCAGUGUUCAUGAUGAGAAUGGGUCUGGACACUGGGGCACAUGCUUCUCGAUCCUCUCAGAGUCAGACACUCUCCAACGGAAUGCUCUUUCCCCGGGAAUCAGAAUCCAGAGAAGUCCGGGAACUCGGAGGAAUGUGGAAAUUCCGGGCAGACAUGUCGCCCAACAGGAAUGCGGGGUUUGAUCAGCAGUGGUGGGAAAAAACAUUAGAACAGACAGGCCCAGUGAUUGACAUGCCUGUACCUGCCAGCUAUAAUGACAUCACCCAGGACAGACGGCUGAGGGACUUUGUCGGCUGGGCGUGGUACCAGCGGGAGUUUUACGCCCCUGCCUCCUGGAAGAACAUCAAACAGAGAACUGUGCUCAGGUUCGAGAGUGCCCACUACAACACCAUUGUGUGGCUUAAUUCUAAGGAGAUUGUCAGACAUGACGGUGGACAUCUUCCAUUUGAAGCGGAUGUUUCCUUGGUUCUGAGAUACAACGUUCCAAACACCCUGACAGUGGCUGUGAACAACACCCUGACUCCUCACACCAUCCCACCUGGGACCAUCCAGUACAUGGAUGACCCUGACAGGUACCCUCCAGGCUACUUUGUACAGAACUUGCAGAUGGAUUUCUUUAACUACGCAGGAAUCCAGCGUCCUGUCAAACUGUACACCACUCCUUCUGUCUUCCUGGAUGACAUCACAAUCACCACAAAUGUACAGGGAUCAACUGGUUAUGUAAAUUUUGACUGUGUCAUCAAGGGAAACAGCAGUGCAGUUCCAGUAACAGUGGACCUUCUCGACAAGACUGGACAACUGGUAGCCGCAGUCAAGGGCAGUGGAAAGGGUCAAGUCAAGGUCGCUGAUGUGAAACUAUGGUGGCCAUUUACAAUGAGCAGUGACCCAGCAUAUCUAUACACACUGAAGGUGACAGUGAUAGGCAGUGCAGGACAACCCGAUGUAUACAGGUUACCUGUUGGGAUUCGAACAGUGCAGGUCACCAGCAAACAGUUCCUCAUCAAUGGCAAACCGUUUUACUUCCGAGGCUUCGGCAAACAUGAAGACUCAGAUAUAAGAGGCAAGGGUCUUGACUACCCACUGAUUGCCAAAGACUUUAACCUGAUCAAGUGGGUUGGUGCCAACUCUUUCCGAACCAGCCACUAUCCAUAUGCAGAAGAGAUCAUGGACAUGUGUGACCAGCAGGGCAUCGUGGUCAUAGAUGAAUGCCCUGCCGUGGGACUCAAGACAAGGGAGAACUUCAGCAACCAGACCCUGUCACACCACAAGGACGUGAUGACAGAGCUUGUCAGAAGGGACAAGAACCGCCCCUCUGUGGUCAUGUGGUCGGUAGCCAAUGAACCGGCUUCCCAGCUUCCAGAGGCAGAGUACUACUUCAAGACUGUGAUUCAACACACCAAACAGGCAGACAGUACCAGGCCAGUCACUCUUGUCAUAAACAAGGCUUUUAAUAAAGACAAAGGGGGCCAGUUUGCUGACGUUGUGUGCCUGAAUAACUACUACUCCUGGUACCAUGACAUGGGUCAUCUGGAGGUUAUCCAGUACCAGGCUAAGUACAACCUGGAACAGUGGUACCAGACACACCACAAACCCAUCAUACAGACUGAGUAUGGGGCUGACGCUAUAGCUGGACUACACAUGGACCCACCCCUGAUGUUCAGUGAGGAGUACCAACAGGAAGUCAUGUUCAACUACUUCAGCGUGUUUGACCAGUUCAGACAGCAGUACCUGGUGGGGGAGAUGAUCUGGAACUUUGCAGACUUCAUGACUGCACAGACUACAACCAGAGUCGCUGGGAACAAGAAAGGUAUAUUUACCCGCCAGAGACAACCCAAGACGGCAGCCUUUCUGCUGAAGGAGCGUUACUGGAAGUUGGUCAAUCAGACUGGACCAGGGAACCACUGAAUGAACACCAAGUCAACCUUUUCACAAUGUCUUUCUCCCAAGCCAUAGCGCAAGACACAUGUGAAUUUGAGUAUCCCUCUUCAUCUGAAAAAACUUUAUGUAUCUAUUAGACUAACAACUUGGUUUGGAAAGAAUCUAUGGGAAUUUUCUCUUAGGCCAUCACACAUAGCUGACUAUGGCCUUCUCACAACCAUGGUUGGGAGUUAGGCAUAAGUAGCUUCUUUAGCAGUCUCUAUGAGGAAGGCUUAGUAGGAUUAUAGUGUUUUUAUGGUGUAUGAUUUCUAUUUGUAUUCAGUAUUUUGACAAUCAAAUUUUUCUAAGGUGCAAUCAGAGGAGCGAACUGGAGCUAGUAUUAGCUUUCCAGUAGGGAGUCUUUGGAAAAAGGAGCUGCAUACAAGUCAUUUUGACUGAAUAAAAUAUUUAUUCAUAUUCUUCACAUGUUGCAAGUUAUACUUUUGCACAACUAACUAUUUCAGUUUUUUUGUUGCUCUGAACUUUCAAUAAUUUCCCUUUAAUGUGCCUUUGGAGGAUACCAAACAAUACACCACAUUUAUGGCAUCUGUAUUCCACAAAAUGAUAGUAGUAAAAAUCAUCAUGUAACAUAUGUUUAUCGAAAAAGCUAAAGAUUCAUAGGAUUAUACAGUGACCAUUUUUUCAAAUCAAUUUGGAAAACCUAGGCAGCUACACAUAUAUUGUAAUCAUCCAAGCUUCUGCAUUAAUUUUUAAACAAAUGAUAAAUUCAAGGAAAACAUGCACUAUAACAGUAAUCAACAUCACCUGAGCCAAAGUACUGGUGUAGAGAUAUCAUUUUCCUUGUUACAUUAUAUAAAGCAUUUAUUUUCUACAAUAUAUUGAUCAAUGACUGGCUGACAGUUCCACUGUGGACAGUAUUCUCCACCUCCUGAUAUGUGUAACAAGUUAUGACAGAAAGCACCACAAUAUGCUUUUACAUGCGUAUCUGUUUUCCAUUAACGAUUUUUGCGGUGACAGUAUUAAGCUAAGUAUGCAUGGUGCAAUUGAUAAAUUUCUAAUAUGUACAUUUGUUUAUACUUUGAUAAUGUUGAUAAAUACAUUUGUAAUAGAUUGCAAAUGUCUAAUAAAUUGUCAAAAUACAACAUUUGUAAGAGAUGCCUUAUUUACAUGUACAUGAUCAAAUGAAAAGAUGAAAUUAAACAGUAUCAAAUUUCAAGCAGUACUUUGUGAUGGCUUCAUGUUUUCCAUUUUUUUAUAGUAUAUAGUUACGGGUACCUUCACAAUUUUUCUACAACAGUAUGGUUAUGAUACUCACACUUUUUGCAAUUGAAGAAUUAAUCUAAUGCAGCAGGUAAAAUACUGUGUUGUGAACAUAAUUAUUAUUCACUAUAACUACUUUCCACCAUUAACAAAAUUCACAAAACAAGUCACCUGGCUAG